UGCGCGCGUGCUACAGUUGACAUGAUGCACGGUACAGUUCGGUAUUGAGAAACAAUGAAGCCAAACCACGGCGAAGGAGCUCGGGGAACACUUUCAGCAUGUAUGCAUUGCUGACCAUGAAAGGCAAGUGGGCUGUAGGUGAAACGCGCGCGAUUAGAAAAACUCAUGGCCAUGAAUUGCAUGCGCGCUGUUGCAUUUCUGAUGCGUGUCUAAACCGCGCGACAGACGAACUCCCGCCUCGACUCGGACUUGUGCAUGAAUCACGCGCCAUCGUGGUUGUGGCGCAUGCGCAGUGGGUCUCUUCAGCGCCCGUGUGCUUUAGCUGCGAACAAGCCACCAUUGGUGAGUUGGGGGUCUUCGUCGAAGUUGUCCAGCUUUGCUCAGCUCGCACGUAGGAUGCCCAGCACACAAAGUCUGGCUCCAGGGUAAGAGAAUCAGACUGCCCUUUAAAGGAUUGACUGUGGCCUAAUAUUGCUUGCACCAUGGAGGGUGGAACUGAACAGAGAUUGACAGAAAAGGCUUGUCUAGUCUCUACUCCACACUCAGUGCCUGUGGUUUUGAAGCCAGGCAAAAGUGAUGAGUGUGGCAACAACCAGGCAAACCAGCAAGUCACCUUGUCCCCUGUUACACUUACUAAAAGCUCUACCCAGGAAAGUCACACAAGCAGUGACAUUAAAGUUAUUCUGGAGAAUGAAUCGGUUUGGAGUCGGUUUCACAGCUUGGGCACAGAGAUGAUCCUCACGAAGCAAGGCCGGCGCAUGUUCCCCUGCUGUCGCUUUAGACUGAGUGGAUUAGAUCUGCAAAGGAAGUACUUUCUGGUUAUGGAUAUCAUGGCUUUAGAUGAUUUUACCCACAAAUGGAAUGGAAAGACAUGGGAGCCUGUCGCAGUGGAUGAGCCACAUGUGCUGGGACAGUUAUGCGUCCACCCAGAUUCCCCAGCCCUGGGCCAGCAGUGGAUGGAUAGCCCCGUGUCCUUUUACAAGGUGAAGCUAACCAAUGACUCCACGGACCAAGAGGGCUGUGUGCUUUUGCGUCCAAUGCACCGCUACCUACCACGACUGCAUGUUGUUCCUGUGAAUCCAGAUUCAGAACGGACUAUUGCACUUGAUAGUCCAGAUGUCAAGGUAUUCAGUUUCCCCCAAACAGAGUUUUAUGCAGUCACCAGCUACCAGAACCCCCAGAUCACCCAGCUUAAAAUUGACUGUAACCCUUUUGCAAUGGCCUUCAGAGAAGACAGCCAGAGCAUUCGUCUUCUUCAAGACAAACUCAGGCUCUGCUCUUCUGCUGGUACACCCUUCCGAUCUCCUUUUCUAAGUUUGGCCCAGAAUCUUAGUGGAAAACAGAAAGAGGGUGCAGUAAAGAGCACAGCCUCAACCUGUAUUCAAGACAAGAGAAUAAGAGGUCUUUAUCCAGGAUCAACAUCUCUUAAAGAAGGAGAGGGGAUCUUUACUAAAAUGAGAAAUGCAACUUUAAGUUGCCCAAAUAAUAUGACUUUGUGCCAAGAGAAUACUGAUUGCAGUGAGAAUGAUAGAGGAGAUGAAGCUGUUGUGAAUCAACGUCCAGCAGAAACUGUGCUGGAUGAGCAUGUAACACCUUUGGGUUUUGAACCAAGUGUAACUGUGUCUUUAGAAGAACGCUUGUCAAGCACUGGUGAACCAGUUUCUCCCAUAAGCAGCACUGAAAAUCCAAGAUGUUCUGAGGCUUCUGCUGUUAAUUCUCAAAUAAGCUGCACAAACAGUGAAUCACCUACAAAAUCAACCAUGGCUGCUCAGAGUCCUGAGACUCAGGAGGAAAUGAAGUCCCUGCCCAGACCACAUUCCCUUAAUGGUAGUCAAGUACACGAGCGUAAACCAGGCUGUCUGUAUAGACGUAGACAUUAUCGGAGGGGGAGAAAAGCUAAAUCUAAAUGGUGGUCUAAUGUGAAGUAUGCAAAACCCCCUCCUGCAGUUGUGCCGCUUAAUGUUCCUUUGCAACCGGACCUUGAAGAUGUGGAGGGAAUGUUGUUUGUAUCUUUUGUCGCAAAGGAAGCCUUAAAUAUUCAUGUUGAAAACAUAAAAGAAAGUGAAACAUCUCUGCCUCCACCAUCUCCAACACAUAACCAGUCAGAUAUUCAUGAAGCUGCAGCUGUCAGUCUGUCUAUGGAGGAAAGAAUUGCCAAAUUGGAGAAAAUUUUACUCCUUCAUCUAAAACAGCAAAAGCACAGACAGGUCAUUCACCCACGCCUACAAGACGUUGGCAUGAAGUUAAGCCUUCUGGAUCCAAAGUUACCUAUAGACUUGCAGUACCUUGGUGUGCACUUGCCCCUUCCCCCACCUAUUCACGAGGGUUUGGAUAAAAUGAAUCCCACAAGCCUGUCGUCCUCUCCUGAUGCAGCUGGAUUUUUUGUGUCACGGACUGGCAAGACAAAUGAUCCCACAAAGAUAAAAGGCUGGAGAGAUAAGUUUAAAACCAACACAGUACAGAAUGCACCUGAAGGCCUGAAAAACAGUUCAGCAUUCUGUAGUGAAAUGCUGGAUGCGUAUCUCGAAAACGAGGCCCAGCAGAUUAGCGAUCGUGUUGCCGUGUUUUCCAAAUGCUCUACAUCACCAGUAUCAUACCAGCUACCUUCGAAGAGCAGCAGUUAUGUGGUUACCCUGGAUAGUCUACUUAAGUCUCGAUCUGUUUCAUCAAACAAGGUCUGCACCAAACCAACGGACAAAAUCCUGCCCAAAUCUCCACUUAGAAGAUCUUCAAGUGCUGCUGUACCUUUGUCUUCAGCAGGAUUUCAAAAUAGAUUUCAAGGAAACCAGGAGAAAGGGAGUAAAUUUGCACGUUCGUUUCAAGCACAUCAACAUGCAGUGUCUACAGUUCAAGCCAGCAGAUCCAUGAGCUUUGUUUCUAGACCUGGUAUGAAGAAACAACCUGGCAAGUCUCAGCUGAAAUGGAUCCCUGUAAAAGCCAAAAAACAGAUGAUGCUUCAGGAGAUGGAGGAAGAGGCAAUCUUUCAUGGCAAAGUUCGUACACACAUCACUACCGAAAGAGCAAAAUUUGCUCUUACUUCUCUGCUUAAUUUCCAGAAACCGGGUAAAAGGCCUAGGUUCCGCAAACACCAUAAAGAUGAGAAUGCAUGUCCUGAGGAUUUCUGUCGUUUGGGCUGCAUGUGUGAUAGCUUGGACAGGGAAAUCCGAGGGCCUACCCACUGUCGGAGAGUUGAGUGCAUGUUUGACUGCAACUGUUUCAAGCACAAAGUUCUUCUGCUCCACCCUCCAAAAGAGACAGCAAAUGUUCAGAGGGGCAGGAAGAGAUCAGUACUGGCUUUUCCUAUUGCAGACCCAGAGAGGGAACCCAGACCACCACCUGCAGCCAGUAUCACCACUUUAUGGAAAAGGAUUGCAGGAGAACAUGAUCCUGAACCAUUAUUUAUUCCUGAGCCUUCGCUUUCUUCUAAAACUGUGUCUCGUUUACGUACCAGUCUUUACCAUUCCACUAGUCAGGUGCGGGAGGAAGAUAAAGAUCCUGUGUAUUUGUAUUUUGAGAGCAUGAUGACAUGUGCUCGUGUGAGAGAGUACAACAGUAAUCCACCACCUCAGAUACACAUGUUUCCUACCAAAAAACAAAUGACAGAACCUGAACAGCUUAAUGAAACUGCCAAAGCAGGUGAACCACCUUCCUCUCAAAAAAUACCAGAGACAAAUCCCACAGAGCCUCCGCUAAAGCCAGGUGAGCCUAAGCCCACUAAACUGCUGGAAAUCCUGUCAGAGUGUAACUGGGAGCCUCAUCGGAGUUUGGUGCUGAGCGCACUGUUCCGGCGCAUGAACAGCAACCUCCUCUCUGAGCCUUUCUGCUUUGGCAUGUACAAAAUACAGCUUCUUUCUACUACCGUCAAAGGAGUAGACAGGUCCUCUACAAUUACUUACAAGGUAUGCAUCUCCCGGGCGGAUGAAAAAGAGAUGACCGAAGAUUUGCAGCCGCCAGUGAAGAAGGCAGUGAGAAACCAAAAUUUAAAAGGUUUUGAAACCAAAGUAUUCAAAGCCAAUGAAACACAAGCUCAGAAAGCAACAACUGACACUGAUUCUGGGCGAAAGAGUAGCACCUUGGUGGAAAAGCAACAAAAAAAGCCAAUCUAUAAGAGAGUAUUAAGGGCUUUGCCUUUCCUCACUCAUGCUGCUCCUGUUGGUUGUCUCAAGGCAGAUAAAAAGAAACCAGGAAGCCUUUCUCAAGGUCUAGUUAAGGUAAAUGGGAAAACAUACACUCAAGCAAAACUCCUGUUGGGCCAACUGGGAGCAUUACAUCCAGUGAAUCGCUUUGCAGCUUUUGUCACUGGCAGGCUACUGCCUAUACUUAGAGAUCAAUCUAAAAUUGAGGUUGAUACCACCAAAGCGUGUCCUUCCAAAGCCCCUCUCGAGCCAAGCUCUGUAACCGAAGUGGCAAAUGUUUCAAAUCAAACUCCUUCAAAUCUUGCUGUAGCCAGACCUCCUUUAGCUAAUGCACCUGAACCUAACACCGCUUCCAAAAACAGAAGAUCAAACAUAAGUCCCUUGAAUGCCCUUUCAAAUCUUGUGGGCCCAUCCCCUGGCACAACCCCCAUUGUGCCUGAUGGCUCCAGAUUUGUUCUUGUGCCAGUAACACCUUCCAACUCUGCAGCUGCUCCUUCAGCAGAAACUGUUACUAGUUCCACCCUCCCACCUGGCCAGCAAGUGGUUCUGCAGCCUGCGCCAGGAAUGCCAGGGUCGAACUUUUUAUGUCAGUACAAUGGCCAAAUGAUCCAACUAAAGCCCAUCAGCCCUGGGCCCCUUGUUGAGCCACAGUCCAGUUCUGUCAGUGAAGGUAGCACUUCACAGGUUGUGCAAACACCUUAUAAUACAGGUCUGCCAAAAGACACCAGAUCUGUUCAGAGGCCUUUGAACUCUACUCCUCCUUUGCCAGUCAUUGCACCCAAAGUGCUUUCUCUGUCAGCAACGAGUGGCAUGAACAUUGCCAAUGGCAUGCCAGCUUUUAAUUUACACUCAAGUUUUCUGGGUAAAACAGGGACAUUCUCUUUUCGAAUAUGUCCCCCUACUAGCGAGGGGAAGCCUGUAGGUUCAGAGCAUGGUAGUAAGCCUCCUGAACCUUCUGUUGACAGUUCUUCUACUUUGGCACUUCCUGGAGGUUUCACCUUGAUAAAACUCUUUCCCCCUGCUGUGUCAGCUGUUUCUGCAAAUGUCACCUCAGCUGCUUGUCAUCCUGCUGAAAUCCCACAGAAUGAUGAAAGUAUGAAGAAAUCUAUCUUACAGAGUUGCUCCCCCAACCUUGAACAAAAUUGUCAAGCCUCAGACAGCAUUACCAAACCACUUCUUCCCGGAACAUCAAAUUUGAACUCUGCACAGGGGGCUACAGCUGACUCAAAAGGUGUUAUUAAAGAUGAGCCUGUGGAACAUUCCUCUGAGUCAGUAAAUACAUUGACUCCAGGCAAGUAUGACUGGGUACCUGAAGGUGCUGAGAUGGUACACACAAGUGAUGUGAGUGAAUUGGAACCUAGGGACAUGGAUGACUGGCCACCCAAGGGAGCAGAGCGAAUUUUGUGGAUAGACUCUGCAGAUGAAGAAGAAAAUGAAGAUUUGAAUAAAGAGCUGAAUAAGAAUUUGGAUGUUGCUGCUGGAAGCCCAGCUACAGAGGAAGCCAGUGAAUUAGAGACAACAAAAGGAACUGUUAAAGCUGACUUCAGUAGUUGUGAUGAAUGUCUUCCUGUAGAUAAACUGCACUUCAAUGAAAAAGAGACUCCAAAAACCCCCCACAUUCAUGAAAAUGGUUUGCCACCUGAAGAAGGUGUAUGUUUGAAAAGCUCUUAUACCGAUGAACAUAAACAACAUCUGAAGUCUAGCAUGCCAAAUAAUGACCAAGAAAAAGUCUGUGAUCCAUUUUUAAAUGCAGCUAACUCCAACCCUACAAAUAGUAGCAAACAAGGGCCACCUAAUAUCAGAGAACAAGUUAUGAUUCAAGAAAAUUGUCCCCCUGGUCUCAUUAAAAAUGAGCCAUAUAAUGAACCAACAGAGACGGACAUGGCUGGUAAUGAGUCUGACAUCAAGAACCAAGGUCGUCUACCUGAAAAUAGCACUUUACACAUCAGUAAAUUAGAAACUUACAACAGUCAAACAGGGGAGAAUACACUUCUCAACCACUUUCUUAUCAGGGAACAAAGGCUUGGCUCUGCUAAUAAUUACGAUGUUUCUAUUAAAAUAGAAUCAUGCAGUGACUCACCCAAGACAGACUUUUGCUCCAUGAAUGAUGAUGUCACUAAACAGCAUAUUGGCUCAGAGAAUAUUUUACCACUUAUCAAUAAAGAAGAAGAGCCCAGUAUGAAUCAAACAGUGACAGAAUUUUCCAGUGACCCAAGUAAGCAAAGUUUGGGCUCUGAGAUUAGUUCUCAAAUUCUCAAUCAUAAGGAAUUUUAUAAUAAUCCAGCCAGACCCAACACCACGGCUUCACUGCAUGCUGAAGACAGUCAUGAGAAUGUUGACAUUGCUGGUAAUGCUCCAUGCUCUUUACUGGAUGGUCAGACACCUGUGAUGAACUCCCCACCUACAGCACAUCUGCUAAACACAGCCUCUUUGGGUCAGAAAACUGGCCCAAAAAAGGUUUCACUUUUUCCUCAUAAUAUGCAUAAAUCAUCCCCUGAGCUUUCAGAUAAUUUUAAGACAUCCAGACUAGUUAAACAGGAUUUAGAAGAGGGAAAAGAUGAUGCGGAGGAUAGGAACAAGCAGCUUAAGUCUAAGACAGCAGUGGAAGAGCUGUAUGGUGAUGAAGAGAUUGUUGUGGAUGUGAUGAACCUGAGUGAAGAUGAAGAUCCAAGUGACGAGUUUGACAGAGAUGAAGACAAUUCAAGUGAUGAUGGCGAGGGGGACUCAAAUAGUGAUGAAGAGGAUUCCAGUAAUGACUCCACUAGUGACAGUGAAACAAGUGCAGACAUGUCUAAUGAAGAUGAUGUUGACGUUGAGACGUUUGAGGAAAAUGAUGGAAAGAUGAUGAUAAACAUGAUAAAAGAUAAAACCAGGCAUAAAAAGAAUGCAAAGAGAGGAGCUAAAUUGAGAAAAAAGAUGAAGCAUCUCCCAAGCAUUAUUAGCAUAGCAGAAUACCUGCCAACGCAUGAGCUAGAAAAACGGCUAAUUCACACUGAAAAAGAGCGUGUUCGCAGAGAUGAAAUGCGUCAGUCCUUUGCUGCACUGAAAAAAGCACUAAAUGUUGAGGAACGAGUCAAAAUGUGCAAGGAUGACAUUCUAAAUCAGGCUCGACUUAUGAUUCGGGCUCUUGAGGACCGGAGCCAGUGUUUAGAGGAGAGGAAAAAUGACCUACUUCAGAGACAGUCUGCCUAUCUCAGCAAGAUUUUAGAAUUAUCUGCAAAUACAGAGGCUAGAGACAAGGAAAGUUUUGAGGAAAACUGUGAACAUCAACAGCGAUUUGGGUCCAAAAACACUCUGCAAACCUCAGUUCUAGGUCCUCUAGUAAACCCUCGACGGCUAGACAGUGACGGCAACAGACUCCCACCUCGUCUUGGACGCUGGAAAGCCCCUAAUUAUAUACGCAAAAGAUCCAGAAAGGCGUUACGGCAGCCUUCUAUUACCACCACAGUGGCUGCGGAUGAGAGUGUAGACUUACAUUUAAGUCCAGAUACACCAGGCAACCACACUGUGAGUGAACCCUUGCCCUCGGUUAAAACAGAGGACCUAGUGCGGUCACUAAUUGCACAGAACCCCACUGGUCUACCUCCAGUAUGCAAAACCCCUCAACAGAAAAGUCUUUCAACAGAGCCCAAGCCACCAGAAAAGCGUUCAUUGCCGAAGAUCGUGUUGCAGUCUUUCGGCAAGACUGACGCCGUAAAGCUCACACAUGACGUAAGAACAUCUCUACCAAGUUCUGCUGAAGUCUCUAACUCUGCUCAACUGUUAACGGAUGGUAAUUUGGAUCUGCAAGACCAAAACAAGGGAUUGGAAAAAUGCGAUGCAACAAGAGUCUCUGAUGAGAUGGAGAAAACUCUAGUAUCAGGGCACUCAAACAAAGAGAGCCCAACUCCAUCCUCAGCAGUCACCGAGAGUGAUGUCCAAAAUAACACUUUGUCCGAGUUGGAAAAGGACGAACAAGCCUCUGCAGCUGUGGUGAAAGUGAGGAAAAAAAGGGGAAAGUCUGAAGUGGUCAUAGAAGAGGCCUUGUCCAACCCUGAUGUCUUAGGACCCAGGCAGCUAAGGCAAAGAUCCCCUGCAGUUAAUGGAGGGGCCACAAGGGGAGGCUCAGCAAAUAAAAGGAGGAGGAUUAUUUAGAUGUGUUGUAGUGGCUCGUGAAUUUUCUCACACUCCAGCAUCUCAGUUUUGUCUGUUAAUAAUGCAGUUUUGACUUUUCUGGUUUUGAUUUCCGAGGCUACAGAAGAUUUGAAAGAAACUGUAGUUCUCUAAAUUUCUCCAUAUGCACCUGCACAGAAAUCAAGGACACAGAGGAGGACAGCUGCACCUCUCAUUUGAUGGUUGCAUCCAGUGUGUUAGGCGUGACUGCUUUUCCUUUUUUUUUUUUUGUGCCUCUUCAGGGUACUGUAAAUACAGUAUACACUUGUGCUCAUCCUGAGGAUUGUCAAGAAUACUAUAUCAUUUGAAAGAAACAUUAAAUUAAUGUAUGAAUAUUACCGGUGAUCGUUUCCUGAUAGACCCAUAUUGGGGUAAAGUUACUAAUAUGCUUUUCAUUUUGGUACAUUCAUGUUACAUGGCAGUUCAUGAAUUCAUAUUUUGCUAAUAAGGGUUUCAUAUGUAAGAAAAGAAUGGAUUCACUCAUUGUAUGUAUAUGACAUUUUUUCAAUCAUGUUUUUUUUUUACUGAUUAUUCUCUUGGGUCUAAUUAAUUAUUGCUCAAUACCUUUGGCUGUAUAAAUGCCACAUGGUCAAUGGAUUGUGAGGGAAUAACUGCUGUCUGCAGUAUAGUAUAAAGGAAUAUAGAUGUGUAAAAAUGACUUAUUAAAUAUAUGCCAUUCUUUUAUUAAACCUUUGUGGAUGAUUUUUUUUCAUUUGUUAAAUCUAUUGUUCAACUGAAUGCAUUAAUUUAAUUCAAGAAUUUCUUGUUCAGUAUAAUUAUACAGUCCCCUCUGAAA